ACAACCACCACCAAGCGAAUUAGCAAUACCAUCCUGGCACACACUUUCCUUUGAUUUCAGAAGAAGAUGAACGUGGAUCUGGAAUCCUUGGCAGAGGCCACUUCUGGAGCCAUAGGAUCAUUGCUCAGCACAACUAUUCUUUACCCUCUUGACACCUGCAAGACCAAGUACCAAGCUGAGGCUCGUUCCCACGGUCGCCGAAAAUACAGGAAUCUUAGUGAUGUAUUAUGGGAGGCAAUAUCUACCCGUCAGGUGCUUUCGCUUUACCAGGGCCUUGAAACAAAGAAUCUUCAAUCCUUCAUUUCACAAUUUGUCUACUUCUAUGGCUACAGCUACUUUAAAAGACUUUAUCUUGAAAAAAGUGGUUAUAAAUCCAUCGGAACAAAAGCAAACUUGGUUAUUGCUGCUGCUGCUGGAGCUUGCACAGCCAUUGUGACUCAGCCCCUCGAUACAGCCUCUUCAAGAAUGCAGACAAGUGACUUUGGAAAAUCUAAAGGGCUGUUGAAAACACUUACAGAAGGAACAUGGAGGGAUGCUUUUGAUGGCCUCAGCAUUUCCUUGCUGCUGACCUCAAACCCUGCAAUUCAGUAUACAGUGUUUGAUCAGCUGAAACAACGAGCCCUGAAGAAUAAACAAACAGACGAUAAAGGAACUCCAGCAUCCCUUUCUGCAUUUAUGGCUUUUCUUUUAGGUGCUAUUUCAAAGAGUGUUGCUACCUGUUUAACAUAUCCUGCUAUCAGGUGUAAAGUUAUCAUUCAAUCUGCAGACUCAAAUGAAGAAACCUCCAAAACAAAGACAAAACAACAGAAAACAGUGUCUAGAGUUUUCUAUGGAAUAUGGAAAAGGGAGGGCAUACUGGGAUAUUUUAAAGGAUUGCAUGCUCAGAUCUUAAAAACUGUUUUGAGCUCAGCACUGUUGUUAAUGAUCAAGGAAAAGAUAUCUGCUUCUACCUGGGUGCUUAUACUAGCAAUUAGAAGGUAUCUAUUACUUCCAAGGGCUAGGGUUAAAAAUGUAUAAGUUAUAAUAGCAGUUACUGGAAGAAGAAACUUCAAUCCAUUGUGGAUAAUGAAUGUGGUUAGAGUGCUAUGUGUGCAUUUUAGCAAAGACAUCCAUUUCUCCAGAGCUGAGGCAAGGUUGUUUUUGGGGCUUCUCUUUUGUCCUUUUCCAAUGGCUUAUUAAUGAACAAGUCCAGGAGUUUAUGGCAAAGACUGAUAGAGCAAAGCAAGGAAGUCUUAUCAAUAAAUGCAUUUUUUUUCAGACUUGAUUUGUUAUAUUUCUUGUUUCAAAUAAUGCCCAAGAUGACUUAGUUGUUACUUGUAUGUUGUGGAAGUCCCGCAAUAGAAGGGUGUCAAUUAAGAGUAGCAUAGGAGCUAUAUAAAUAAGCACCCUCUUCAAAGUAUACUUUUUUUCAGAUUAAUAAAGUUUUUGUUAUUUUCCUUUUUCC